AUGAAGAUAGUUUCUCCACCACCGAUAGUCCACGCUCCGCCGGUAGCUCUGCCGCCCCCGACCGCUGCGUCGUCUCCGCCGGCCUCGCACUGCUCCGCGCCACGCACUAUCGUCAUCCAGCGACCGGACGCGCGACACGGCUUCGGCUUCACACUAAGACACCUUGUUGUAUACCCACCGGAGUCGUUGCAGGAGCUAUACGAAGAUGCGCGCCACCUGGCCGUCGGAGCAGUGGGCGCGCCGAUGGACACGAUCUUCGUAAGGUCGGUGCGGCCGGGCGGGCCGGCGGCGGCGGCGGGGCUGCGCGCCGGCGACCGCGUGCUGGCCGUCAACGGCGAGCCCGUCGCCUGCGGGCGGGCGCGCGCGCCCUACGCGCGGGUGGUGCAGCUGGCGCAGAGGGAGCCGCGCACGCUGCGGCUCACCGUCGUGCCGAGGGACCACGACUUGUUGCAGAGGUAUUUCAGUGAAGCAGCGUACAACCCAGAAACAAACCAACGGCAGAUCGACAUGCCGGCGGUAACAGAGCACGAGUCGCGGCUGUUCGACGCGUACCGGCGGCCGCGGCUGCCCGCGCUGCCCGCGCCGCAGGCGCCGCGCCUCGAGGACCCGGAGUACGCGACCGUAGCGCCGCGACUACCCACCACACCCCACUAUCUACUACAUGAUGGCAGAAGAGAAUCUGAUACGUCUCUACCGUCAUCAGCAGCGGAGAGCAAAGACAGUCUCGGUUCUUUUGAUUCAAAUUCGACACUGACAGGCCGAGAGCUGGACGACUCGAUAAUUCUCUCCCGAAUACGAAAGAGUCUCGAGCAGAAGGAAGCCUUCCUCAGACGCCCGAGCCAACCCACCGGGUGGGUCACCCCGGACGCCCCACCGCCGAUUAAGCAGAAGGAGUUUUAUGCUAGACCACAGAAGUUACAGAAGCCAGCCUGGCCUCCACCGCCUUCUUCCCCACCGCUAGCAGCCUCCCCACCACCCCUCCUCCAGCCACAAAACCAAGAACAGAGGAAAGAUGAGUGCGCCACAAGCGUAGACAGUGGUACUUACAGUGGCUACGGUGAAGUAAACGGAACGCAUAAUGAUAAAAACAGAUUAAAACAAGAUAAAAGCCAAUUUGUGGCAACGUUAUCGAAGAUACAUGAAACUUCGCCAAAUGCUCAAACCACGAACGUCGGAAACUUAAGCAACGGAUCGUCUAUUGAGUUCAGAGAAGAAAGCGCUUCAUCGAGUAAUCAAGAUAAUAGAUACCCAGUACCUGAGCUCCAGUUAGUCACUGCGCGAACGAGACAGCUAGAAGAAGCGCGAGAUGUGGGAGAGAGACGGACGGAGGUCGCUAGAAGUGAACUCGCCCGACUGUCCACCACGAGGUUGGAGCCAAGUGUAGCUUUGAGGAGGAGGGAAUUCGAAACCAGGACUGUGAGAAGAGAAGCCAGAUCCCUAGAUGUGCAGCCUCAGCAAGAUAUAGAGCAAGGAUCGCCACUCCUUGGUGGGAGCCUAUCAGGAAACCAGUUAGUGAUCACCGGCAGCAAACACCUCCAUUGCCCCCCUCCAGAAGGAUACGUGGCCGAAACAGAAAAGGUUCAAAUGCGAACAAGGUCGAAUAGUACCGGUAGUGAAGGAUUAUCCAUUAGAAGACAUCAUGCCACAGAUGGCAGUCACUCGAAGAGACGCAUGGGGCUGAACAGAGAACAGAUGGAGGCGAUGAACCGCGUGUCGCUGCCGGGCGACGGCCCGCGCCGCCCCACGCAGCUGAGCCUGGCGCCGCCCCCGGCCUCCACGUCGGCCUCGGCCACGCCCACGCCCACCACGCCCACCACGCCCGCCGACUCAGGGUUCGCUGACGAUUUGGUGACAAGACGACAGAAAAAAGACGCACAAUUGGGAGAAGAGGAACGUGCAAUGCGCAGGGUUUCUUAUCUGAAAGCAACUUGGGGCGAUCGACUACAUUUGGACAGCGACGUCGAACCCGACGCAGACCAUCACGCUCUCAGAGGUGUUUACCGAAAAUGGCGCCCUCCACGUUUCACUGAAGACAUAACUCCACUGCUGCGAAUAUUCGACCCCUACGCCACUCUACCCGUUCGCCCGGAGAAGAAAGGUGAAGAGGCCGCUGAGAGCACAGAAGCGUUAGAAGCAGAUGUACAAGGCAACGUGCAGAUCAAAAUGGUUGUCAGUAAUGGAAAGCGGGCGAGCGACAGAUCAUGGAAGCAAGUAUGGGCCGUUCUACAGGGCACUAAACUCUACCUGUACAGGCAUCAUCCCACUCAGAGCCCCGGCGCCGUGAGCGGCACCACGGCGAGCGCGGAAAGCGGCUCGCGUGACGCGCUCGACGUGCGCUACUCGCUGGCCGCGCUCGCAGACGACUACACCAAGCGCAAGCACGUCGUUAGAGUCACCACUGCCGCGGGAGCUGAGCUAUUGUUGCAGGCGGAAGGUGCCGCAGACGCCCAGCGCUGGCUAGCCGCGCUCCGGCGACACUCGGCCGAGCCGCCGCCCGGCGAGCCGGCGCCCGCCCUGCCGCCCGCGCCCGCCUCCGCGCCGCCCGCUACAACCACCGCGCCCGCGGAAUGCCCCUCGCCGCUACCGCCGCAGCGUACGAAAAAGAUCGGCAGGAACAGGUCGCCUACCGGUCCCCCAACACCAACGCUGCCCUCGUCCCCCAAGAACAAGACGUGGAAGGGUCGCGUGGCGAAGCAGCUGCGGCGCAUGCACGGCGGCGCGGGCAGCGCGGCGCCCGCCGUCGUCGGCUGGCUCGGCGCGCCGCUCGAGCGCUGCCCCGCGGACGCGGACCACCCCUCCGUGCCCAAGGCCGUCACGCUGCCCGCUCAGGCCGUUGAGGCGUACGGGCUGCGCACGGUGGGCGUGUACCGCGUGCCCGGCAACGCGGCGGGCGUGGCGGCGCUGGCGGCGGCGCUGGACCGCGGGGAGCCGCCGCCCGCCGGCGACGCGCGCUGGGCCGACGUGCACGUGGCCUCCUCGCUGCUCAAGGCCUACCUGCGCCGCCUGCCCGACCCCAUCCUCACCAAGCAGCUCUACCCCGCCUUCAUCGCGGCCGAUCGUUCACCUGAGAGAGCACGUGAACUGCGCAGGCUCGUCCACGCUCUGCCCCCCGCUCACUACGAAACACUGAAGUACCUGAUCCAACAUUUACGCAAAGUAGUCGCACAUUCCGCUUUCAACAAGAUGGAGGCUCGCAACUUGGCGAUCGUGUUCGGGCCGACGUUGGUGCGCGCCGCCAGCGACGACAUGCUCGCGAUGGUCAACGACAUGUCCAGCCAGUGCCGCAUCAUCGAGUCCUUCCUAACACACUACGAGUGGUACUUCGAGGAGGAGGAGGGCUCGCCGCCCGCGGAGCCGCCGCCCGCCGCCGACCAGCUGUCGCCCGCGCCCGCGCCCUCGCGCGACCUGCUCAUACACAACGUCAAGAAGAUUGAAGGCAAAGACGUGUCGACCCGCGACAUCGUGUCGUCGAUAAUCUCGGCAGCCAACCGCAAGAUGCAGCGCAAGCCGCGCAAGAGCGACAAGAAGUGGGAGGACAAGUCGCCGCCGCGCUCGCCGCUCGCCUCGCCGCCCGCCGCGCUCGCGCACUACGAAAUUUUGCCCUAAAAUAUUUGUUUGUUUUCCAGAAUCGAUAUGGACACGCUCGGACGCAGUCGGCAGGAGAUCUCGCGGCACACGCUUAACAACUUCUCCAUAGAUGGAACCGGAGACUUGGUGUCCUCUCUCACGAGCACGUUCGACCAGAAGCUGCGCACGCUGAACAACUCGUCGCCGCUGGACGACGGCAGCAUCCCGUACGCCGACGAGUGCCCCGACGAGCGCGACGAGCGUGACGAGCGCGACGAACGCGACGAGCGCGACGAGGGCAAGUCCGGCGGCAGCUCGCCGUCCGCCGGCUCCGGGCGCGGCGCGCGCUCCGACGAGCUGAAGGCGGCCUGGCUGCGCUCCGCCUCCUCCUCCUCCGACGAGCCCGACGCGCGCGCCUGGCCGCCGCGCGCGCCCGCCGCCUCGCCGCCGCCCGCCGACGACUCCGAGAAGGAGAACCGCGCCGCGCCCGAGAAGCCGGGCCGCGACGACGAGAAGGACGUCGACACGCGGUCGCAGGCGUCCAGCGGCGACGCGCUGCCCGACAACGACAAGGGCAUCGAGCGCUUCCCGAACUACGGCGCACAGCGGCCCGGCGACGGGGCCGAGCGCGCCAAGCUCGAGCGCUCCGGCUCGCUGAACCGCGACCGCGUGCUGCGCUCCGAGUCGCUCAACUGCCGCGCCGAGCGGCCGCAGCGCUCCGAGUCGCUCAGCAAGGGCGAGCGGCCGAGCAAGCUGGAGAAGGGCGAGUGGAACGUGGUGCGGCGGCGCGAGGCGGGCGCCUGGCGCUCCACCAAGCUGAAGCGCAAGAACGGCAUGCCGGAGCGCGGCAUCAAGCGGCGCCACACGGUGGGCGGCACCAAGGACUUCGACAAGGACGGCUGGGCGGCGCGCCACACGCGCACGUCGUCGCCCGACCUGUCGGCCGCCUGGCGCGCGCCGCUCGUGCCGCCGCCGCGCGCGCCGCUCGAGUCGCACGUCUGAGCGACCGCGUCGCUUCGCUCGAUUCUUUUGACUGAGUAGAUUAAGUCGCAAAUUUAUAAAUGUAAACUAACGAUUAGAAAAA